GUCCGGGCCUUGGCAAACAUUCCCAGGCCGCCGAUUGGCUCGGCCGGAGGCAGCUCGGGUGAGGGCCCCGCCCACCUCUGCAAGCUCCGCCCCCUUUUUCCCAAAGCGGGGAGACGGGCGAAAAAAGCGAUUAAAAAAAAAACCUUCCAGCCGCCACCGACAGCUGCGAGGCGCUGGUGGAGCCGGGGCCGCUGAGCCGAGAUCGGGGGGAGCGCGAACUUCCCUGCAACGCUGCACCCCCAAAACCUUGGGGUGCCCCCACCAGGAUACCCGGGGUGCUGAGGGGAGGAAGGAAUCUCCGGGCCCCGCCCUGCGGACCCUCCCGGGCCACUGGCAGGCGUGAGAAGUUGUUUUUGCUGCGGCAGAGAAGUGGGUGCCGAGGCUCUGCCUGGCUAAGGGGGGAACCGGCUGUUUUGGGGCGCAGGGUCCCCACAGCAGGGAUCCACCGGAGCUCGUCGCCAGACCAGAUCCUUUCUCUGAGGGAUCCACCUGGAAGCUCUCCUGGCCCUUGGGAUCCCCAGCUCCUGUGGGCACAGCGGGGAUCCCCGACGGGCCAUGGCCAGGCCAGCAGCCCAGCUGGGCGCCACGGAGCGGCUCCCGAACCCCUUGCUCUCCUCCCCGCCUCUGGGGGUGCCCGGGGCCGGCAUGGUCAGCCUGAAGAGCCUCCUGCAGGGGCCCAUCAAGAGUCCGGAGCGCAGGCCCAAGGACCUGACCACCUGUAAGUGCCCUGGCGGCUGUGCGGCUGUCCGGUCCUGUGCGGGUCUGUCGGGCUGGGUGUUUAUGGGGCCCAUGGGGGGUGCCUGGAUCUCACCCAGCCAGGCUGCCUGGUGCCUGGCUGAUCCCUGGCAGCAGCGAGGUCCCGCUGGCUGUAAACCCGCCUCUAAUCCCCUCCUGGCUCCACAGCUCCCCGAAGGCUGGCGGUGCCCCACAGCUGCCCCAUGCCUGAUCCCUGCAGAGCUGCUAAGCAGGGUCACAGCAGGUCCGGUGACCCCCGCCUCCCGGAACACGCCCAGCCCGGUGGACCCCGAGGCAGUGGAGGUGCUGAUGAACUUUGACCCUGACCCCGCGGACCUGGCGCUAUCCAGCAUCCCGGGUCACGAGACCUUUGACCCCCGGAAGCACCGGUUCUCGGACGAGGAGCUCAAACCGCAGCCGAUCAUGAAAAAGGCACGGAAAAUCCAAGUGCCGGACGAGCAGAAGGAUGAGAAGUACUGGAACCGGCGCUACAAGAACAACGAGGCGGCCAAGCGGUCGCGGGACGCCCGGCGGCUCAAGGAGAACCAGAUCACGGUGCGGGCCGCCUUCCUGGAGAAGGAGAACGCCGUCCUGCGGCAGGAGGUGGCCAGCAUCCGCCAGGAGCUCUCCCGCUACCGCACCAUCCUCACCAAGUACGAAUCUCAGCACGGCGCCUUGUAGGAUGCCAGCCGCCUGCACCACCACGCGCCCCAGACCCCCCUGCGGAUGGGGGGGGCUGCUUCCCCGCAGCCAGGGGGCGCCCUCUUUCCCCCUUCCCUCGCUCCUGGGCUCCCCCACUGCGGGGGUGCCUGGACUCCAGGCGGCUCCAGCGGAUGGACCAGGAGCAAGGAGAGACAUUGGCUCGGAAGUGGACCCUGCUCCCCCUUCCCGGGCGGAAGUGGGGAGCCAGGCUGACUCUGUCCUGGGGAGCGGGCCGGAGUGGGGGGGGGGGUCUGAACUGGUGACGCAGCCUCCCCCCCAGCCCUGCAGCAGGACUAAGCGGGGGUUUGGGUGGGUGUGUGCACAUGCGCCCCGCCCCACCGAAUGGAAGAGGUGGGUGGGAGGCACAGAGCCAAUCGGUGGCAGGGUUAUCUGAUGGUGGGAGGGGCGGGGAGCCAGGACUCCUGGGUUCUCUCCCCCACUUUGGGAGGGGAGCGGGGGUCUAGUAGGUUAGAGCAGAGCGGGCUGGCAGCCAGGACUCCUGGGUUCUAUCCCUGGCUCUGGGACGGGAGUGGGGUCUAGUGGUUAGAGGAGGGGGCUCUGGCCUCCCGGAGCUGAGGGUAGAACCCAGGAAUCCUGGCUCCCAACCCUCCCUUGCUGGAAAAGAGGCCAAGGGCUGUUACUUUGCCAGCUCUUGUGCAUCACCUGCUGGCGGCGAGUUGUAAUAGGUACCUGUGGCUUCUAUCAGUCACAGCCAGGGACUGGGUGCUGGGGCCUGGGGGCCCUUCACCCUAGUGCCCCCCACUCCCCCUCCCUUCUUCUUGCUUCAAACUGCUUCUCAACAGCCAGAUUUCAGAGCGAGCAAGGCCAGUAACUUUGCUGGGGUGGGGGUUGGAAUCCCAGGACUCCUGGGUUCUCUCCCCACCUGUGGGAGGGG